AUGUCGAAGCCGCUCAGGAUCCUAGUCCCCAUCAAGCGGGUGAUCGACCCGCAGCUCAGACCCAGAAUCAACGCCGCUGGGACGGCGGUGCAGAAGACAGGCGUGCAAUUCAGUGUCAACCCGUUCGAUGAUAUCGCCGUAGAGGAGGCUGUGCGCAUCAGGGAGGCCAAGAAGGUGCCCGUAGAGAGCAUCCACGCUGUCUCCAUCGGGCCUGCGAAGGCGCAGGAGGCGCUGCUGACGGCCAUGGCCAAGGGCGCGGACUCCUCGACGCUCGUGGACGCACAGGACUCGGAGCUGGAGCCGCUGGCCGUCGCGAAGAUCCUGCGCGAGCUGGUCGUGCAGCAGAAGAUCGACCUCGUCAUCAUGGGCAAGCAGGCCACCGACAGCGACAACAACAACACCGGGCAGAUGCUGGCGGGCCUUCUCAACUGGCCGCAGGCCACCAACGCCGCGCGUGUUGAGCUGGACGCGACUGGCACGCGUGCGACCGUCACGCGCGAGGUCGAGGGCGGCGAGGAGGUCGUCAGUGCCGCGCUGCCACUCGUGGUCACCACGGACCUGCGGCUCAACACGCCGCGCUACGUCACGCUGCCCAACAAGAUGAAGGCGAAGAAGAAGCCGAUGGCGAAGCUCAACCUCGCCGCGUUCCCCGGCGUCGACUCCGCCGCCCGCCUCAAUCUGCUGCGCUUCGAGGAGCCGCCCGCGCGCGCGCCGGGCACCGUCGUCGCGUCCGUGGACGAGCUGCUCGCCAAACUCAGGGAGGCCAAGGCCGUUUAA